UGGUUGAAUUGGCUUCCAAUUGGAACGCUAACCCUGUACAACUUCCUCACUUUCUGGGUACAGACUUGUAAAUAAGACAGGUAGAAAAGGCGAUGUUUUUGGAAAUAAAUUUGUGUUUCGCGGUUAAACUGGAGUAAGCACGACACCAUGAGCUGGAUUCCAUUUAAGAUCGGGCAACCGAAGAAACAGAUCGUUUCGAAGACGGUUGAAAGAGACUUCGAGCGGGAAUAUGAGAAGCUCCAGAAGUUGGAAGACCAAACGAAGAAGCUGCAUAAGGACAUGAAGAAAAGCACAGAGGCUGAUAUAGCGAUGUCUAAAGCGGCCGUGAAGAUCGCCGGGGACUUGCUGAGUAACCCGCUGUGCGAGCUGGACCAAGCCUUCCUGGAGUCUAUGAUGGCUCUGGAUACAGCCAUGAAACGAAUGGAGGCAUUCAACCAAGAGAAGGUCAAUCAGAUUCAGAAGACCGUGAUCGAUCCUCUAAAAAAGUACAGCAGUGUGUUCCCUAGUCUCAACAUGGCAGUGAAGCGGCGAGAGCAGGCCUUGCAGGAUUAUAAGAGACUGCAGGCUAAAGUGGAGAAAUAUGAGGAGAAGGAGAAGACUGGACCCAUCAUGGUCAAACUUCAUCAGGCAAGGGAAGAGUUGAGGCCGGUCAGGGAAGAUUUCGAAGCCAAGAAUAAGCAACUGUUGGAAGAGAUGCCCAAAUUUUACAACAGUCGAAUCGACUACUUUCAGCCGAGCUUCGAGGCGCUUAUCCGAGCCCAGGUGGUGUACUUCACGGAGAUGCACAAGAUCUUUAGCGACCUGACGGAUCAGAUCGAUCAAGUCGGCCUGACGGACCAAGAGCGAGAACAGCAGAACGAGGCCAAGCUCAACGAACUGCGCGCUCUGUCUAUCGUAGCAGAUGACUGAAGAAAAAGCAGGUCUCUCUCUCCCUCUGCCAGGUUUAAAAAAAAAAAAAUAAUAAUAAUAAUAAUUUUUAAAAAUCUGUUCUUUCGUAUUGUUUGUGGACGCUCAGACGGCUGUGGUAUGUAUGGAAUACCGGCAGCGUGGAUGAUGUAGUGAAGAUGUAGAGAGCGUAACUUUUUUUUUUUUUUUUUUUCUCCGACCUCCGUGCAGAAGGCUGCUCUUCAUCAGUCUGUUUAACUUCUCUUCGUGCUCUGGGUUAGGGUUCGAUUUCCAGCGUGUUUCACGAUGACGGUAAAACGAGACGGAGGCUUCCUCAGGCAGAUGCACUACACUGUAUGAACUUGUAGGAAGAGAGCUGAAUGUUUGAAAAGUGAAGGAUCUCACUGGUGAGUAGAGCAUCACUGGACUCACGCUCGUUCUUUAUGUAUAAAUCGUAGCGAAUGUGCAGCGAAGGCGUUCAUUCGGUAGGGCUUAUCAUUAGGAAUCACGGCACGUACGUCAACGUCAGACACGUCUAGCUCUGGCCUUUGCUCGGAACACUAAACCCUGUCGUUUGCUCUACCGUCUCCGUGUAAGAGAUAUCUAGUAACUUAAUACUAGCAUAUGAAGUAUUUAUUCAUUGUUUAUCGAGUAUUUCAAUGGUGUCUGAAGUGAAUUAAAUUGAAAAAAAAAAAAAGUGUCCCUCGUAUUGAAAUCUGUUACCCGGUACUGUAGCGCCCUCUACUGACCUAAACAAAACACUGAAGUUGGUUGUUUUUUUGUCUAGAGUGUACGUUUUUUUUUGGCUACAGCCAUAGAAUCUCUGAUUUUGGAUGACUUACGAUUGUAUUCGGGACCAACCGUUGAGGAAGCCACAAAUAUUUGGAACUAACUACGUUACUUCAAGCCAUAAUGUUGUAUUUUGAAGCAUUUUUUGUUGUUGUUGUUUGUGUUCAUUCAGUGCUUCAUCUCACUCUUUAAUUUCUGUUGAAAUAUGUGCCUUUAUCUUCAGGAUUUGGAUUGUGUCUUGUGAUUGUCUUGAUAUCUGAUCAUCUCUUACAGCAUUCAUCUCGUUUUCAUUUGUUUCCCUGAUAAAACAUGAAGGGUUUUUUGGGGUGUGUUUUUUUUUUUUUUUUUUUUUUUUUUUUUUUUUUUUUUGGGUGCGCGUGUCUUUCGAGAGUUGCGUUUUGCUUCUUUGAUUUGUAAUCCCAUGUACUUUUUAAUUCUUAUCAUUUGGUCACUUUUUGUAUUUGUUUUAUGAAGUCGUACAAUAAAUUGGUUGUUGGUUUAAAAAAAAAACAAAAAAAAAAAAAAC